AUGGGGGACUUCAACCACGCGUUGCAACUAAAGUACGAGCAGCAGUGCCCCGACUGCGGGCAGAGCGACUUUGUGGAGGACCACGCCAGCGGCGACCUCGUGUGCCGGAACUGCGGCGUGGUGGUGGAGGCUCACGUGAUAGAUGAGCGGUCAGAGUGGCGCACGUUUGCAGACAAGGUGCACAGUGGGGGCUCCGACCCCAACCGCGUGGGCGGCCCCGUCAACCACCUGCUGUCUGAUGGCGGCAUGUCCACGAUGAUCGGCGGCGGCAAGGGCGUGGACCACGCGCUGGUGAGGGAGGCAGGGGGCUGCUGGCCGGCUGGGGAUGGUGUGACGACAGACCGCGCGGUGAUUGCGGCGUUCCGGGAGAUUGGCAAGAUCUGCGCCGCCAUGAAGCUGCUGGACACGGUGAAGAAGCAGGCGGAGGAGUUCUACAAGCAGGCCUAUGACAACGCCAAGUCCAUCAAGGGCAAGAGCCAGGCGGCGGUGCUGGCUGCCAUUGUGUUCCUGGCCUGCCGCCACACCGGCAACCCGCGCACCUUCAAGGAGAUUUGCGCGGUGGUGCCGCAGGCCAGCGUCAAGGAGAUUGGCCGCAUCUACAAGUCUGUGGUGCGGGAGCUGAAGCUGGAGGAGGCGCUGGGCAACAAGCAGCUGGAGGGCAGCCACCCGCACUCGUACAUGCGCCGCUUCAUGAGCCAGCUCAGCAUGACGCCCAAGGAGUACCUGUGGGGGGAGGCGCUGGCGCUGGCGCUGCUGCCGCAGAGCCCCACCUCCAUCGCCGGCACCGUGGUCUACAUCAUCGCCAACCUGCCCGGCAAGACGUCGGUGCCGCUGCAGGACAUCUGCCGCACCUGCGGCGUGGCUGACGGCACCAUCCGCCAGAUCUACCGCGAGAUCCAUCCCCACCUCAAGGCGCUCAUCGACAAGGCCGGCAGGUUUGCCAGCCACGCCGACGUGGAGAGGCUGCCGCAGCCCAUAGAGAGCACCAGCCGACCCUUCUGA